AUGGCCUAUACGCUCUCUGCCCAGAUCAUUCGCCCUGCCGUGCGUCGCUUCUCUGCCCACCGUCCUCAGCCCAACACUCGCACUUCGCGCUUCGUGACCAUGUCAUGUCUGGUCUCAGCCGUCGUGCUACCCUUCAUCCCUCCUGCCAUCGAGAGCUCGCGCGCCAAGAGCAAUCCCAAUUACUACAAGAAUAUACACGAACCAAAGGCUCGACCUGAUAUCGCUUCCCCCCCCACCCCCUCAGUGAUCGCCUCAACUAAGACGGUUUCCUCGCCGUGGUCGGAACGGCUCUGUAGCUUCAUAUUUCCCCUUCUCUUCAACCCGUUCCUCCUCCGUCAUCGGCUCAUGUCGAGUCGGGGCGGGAUCGUGGCCUGCCUCCGCACUCGGAGAGGCAACGUCGUCCGUGGCGCUCUGGAAGCGCGUCAUGUUCGCUCUCUGAAGACUUGGCGACUCGGACGGCGUCGGGGUUGGCGGCGGAAUGGCGGACUGGCGACGGUGCUCGGCUUCCAUCGCUGCCAGCUGCGACUUGCGUUUUAUCUCUGCUUCGAAUCGGGAGGCGCGGUCUGCGUUGAUGGAUUUCUUUGCGAAGUAACUCACCGACGCAAAGAGCGCCCCAUCCAAUCCUUCGCUGGGUUAGCAACAAGCUCCUAUAGACCGGGAAGAAUUCCGCUCACCAGGUUGAUCGAAUCUACCGCCGAACCAAUUGCGGUCGGAAACUGCCGGCUUUCGGCUGAUUAUGUCAGUGAUUAUGUCAGUAAUUAUCCACCAACGGCUAGGAACCAGCUAAGGCUUCUCGAGGCUACCGACUUUGCUCCGCGAAACAGAAAGCUACUGUAUCGUUUGCUGGACAAACCGCUUCUGCUUCGCCUCCCUUCGAAACAUCUCGAACUGUUGAACCUACAACCCAUCAUGCCUCCGAAACGGAAGGCGACUGACAGUGGUCGGUCCAGUAGAGCGUCGAAGCGCGCCACGCCUGUUCCAGACAUCGACAGUAGCGACGAAUACUCGGACUAUGAGGAGGAUGUGAAAGGGAACAAUCUUAAAGGUAGCUUCAGUAAUUUUUUGAAAAGAAAAGAAAGAAAUGCAAAGAAGAAGGAAAGAAAGAAAGAAAAAAAGGUUUCGCUGGCUGACCCUAGUCAAGACGUCGUGGAGAAGUUCUCGCUCGAGUCUUUCAGCAGGAGCAAAAAGACCAGCCUUCAAAGAGAAGACCCUAAUUUCGGAUAUAAGGAUUUCUCGUCGCUCCCGCUCAAACCAGAUCAUGCCAACCGCCCGCUCUGGAUCGAUCCGUUGAAAGGCACAAUCACCUUGGAGAGUUUCUCGCCGCUGGCGUCGCAGGCACAGGACUUUUUAACUACAAUCGCCGAGCCUCUCUCACGGCCGACGCACCUCCACGAAUACCGAUUGACGGGAAACAGUCUGUAUGCGGCCGUGUCUGUGGGAUUACAGCCAUCCGAUAUCAUCAGCUUCCUGGAUCGGUUAUCGAAAACACCACUCCCCGAUACCAUCAAGUCCUUCAUCAUCGAUUUCACAAAGUCUUAUGGCAAGAUCAAGGUGGUGUUGAAACAUAACCGUUUUUUUGUCGAAAGCACAGACCCGAGCAUGUUGCAGAUGCUUCUUCAGGAUGAGGUCAUCGGGCCCCAGAGGCUACAAGGCACCGAGGGGAUUAUCCAGCAGGCCGCGCCUAAGAUGGGAGGCCUGGUCAUCCCCGGAACCAAAGAUGCUGCGGGAGUAAAACAAACAUCGGACGAGAAGGCGCCGGAAAAGGGCGCCAAGGAAGAUGAUAUCCUCAUGACUCUGCGAGAGGAUGAUGAUGACGACGACCAGGCUCAGGUGCACAGCUUUGAGAUCCCGAACGAUGCGGUAGAAGCGGUGAAGGCACGCUGUCAGUCCAUGGGCUGCCCUGCGCUGGAGGAAUACGAUUUCCGAAACGAUGAGAUUAAUCCUACUCUGGAUAUCGACCUCAAGCCGAAUGCGAGGAUCAGAACUUACCAAGAGAAGAGUUUGAGCAAGAUGUUCGGUAACGGCAGAGCGAAGAGUGGGAUUAUCGUUCUACCCUGUGGUGCAGGCAAGACCCUGGUUGGCAUCACCGCCGCCUGCACCAUCAAGAAAGGAACCAUGGUUCUGUGCACGAGCUCCAUGUCUGUCGUGCAGUGGAGAAACGAGUUCCUGCGAUGGUCCAACAUCGAUCCGGGAGACAUUGCCAUCUUCACAUCCGACAACAAGGAGAAGUUCCGCCGAUCGACCGGUAUCAUUGUCUCGACGUACUCGAUGGUCUCCCAGACCCGGGCGCGAUCGCACGACGCCCAGAAGAUGAUGGAUUGGAUCCAAUCGCGUGAGUGGGGUCUCAUGAUCUUGGACGAGGUGCACGUCGUGCCGGCCUCGAUGUUCCGAAAGGUCACAUCCGCCAUCGCUACCCAGAGCAAGCUUGGUUUGACGGCCACUCUGCUGCGUGAGGACGACAAGAUCAAGGAUCUGAAUUUCCUGAUUGGCCCUAAGCUCUAUGAGGCCAACUGGAUGGAGCUGGCUGAGCAGGGUCACAUCGCCAAGGUGCAGUGCGCGGAGGUCUGGUGUCCGAUGACCACCGAGUUCUACUCCGAGUACAUGCGCGAAAAGUCCCGCAAGGCAGCGCUGCUGUACAUCAUGAACCCGAGAAAGUUCCAGGCGUGUCAGUUCCUCAUCGACUACCAUGAAAAGCGCGGGGACAAGAUCAUUGUCUUCUCGGACAAUGUCUAUGCACUCGAGCGUUACGCCCUCAAGCUGAACAAGGCGUACAUCUACGGAGGAACGCCCCAGAACGAGCGAAUGCGGAUUCUAGAGAACUUUCAACACAACGAGCAGGUGAACACCAUCUUCCUCUCCAAGAUCGGCGAUACCUCUCUGGAUCUGCCCGAGGCCACCUGUCUAAUCCAGAUCUCCUCGCACUACGGUUCUCGUCGUCAGGAGGCCCAGCGGCUGGGUCGAAUUCUGCGAGCGAAACGCCGUAACGACGAAGGGUUCAACGCAUUUUUUUACUCCUUGGUGUCCAAGGAUACAGACGAGAUGUACUAUUCCUCAAAACGACAGGCCUUUCUAGUCGACCAAGGCUAUGCCUUCAAGGUGAUCACCCACCUGCAGGGGAUCGAGAACCUCGACGGACUCGCCUACGCGACACCCGCCGAACGCCGUGAGCUCCUGCAGGAGGUCAUGCUGCAGAACGAGACCUCGGCGGAUGUGGAGAAUGUCACGGACGACCUCUUUAGCGACCGCUCCGGCGGGUUCAAGGGCAAGGCGGGCGGCCGCGGGGCAGUCAAACGCAGCGCAGCCACGCUGAGCGGCCUGGCGGGCGGCGAGGAUAUGGCCUACAUCGAAUACAACAAGAGUCGCAACAGACAGCUCAAGGAGAAGGUCAACCACCACCCGCUGUUCCGCAAGCUGGAGCGCGAGCGCCAGCGACGCAAGAAGGAGAUGCAGGAAUUCCAUUAG